CGGCGACAAUACUAACCAUUUUCACCUCACUUUUUGCUCUCUUCAAGAUGGUUAAUUGCAAUCGAUUUAAACCCUAAGCCACCCUCUGACCUUCUCAAAAUGGCGACGUACCGACUAGGUAGCAUACACUGACGCUUUCAAGAUGGCGCCGAGGUCGUAAAUCUAUGUCGCAAAAUUACGGAAACUCAGCGUCGCUAUCAAAGCUACUUCCGGUUCUGCUCGGGGGCGGACUCGUAGGGUCUGACUGAGGCCACAGGGAGACCGGGUCCCGGGACCCGACACCUUGGCGGGACGAUGGAUCGAAAGAAAAAGCCUUUGGACGUUACAGCCUCCUCGUUGGUAGAUCUUAAGGCUGAGCUUUUCCGAAAACAAGAAGAAUUCAAACAAGAAAAACUUCUAAAAGAUUCUGGAGUUUUUGGAAAACCAAAGACAUCUAAUAAGAAGCCAAGUAUCUGGAGCAAACAAAAUGCAGGUGUUUCCAGUCGAGCAGAGAAGGACGCUGAACAGAAGCUUGAGGAGCAGAAGACUUUAGACAAAUCAAGGGAAAAAUUGGAAGAAAAGGCCAAAUUAUAUGAAAAGAUGACUAAAGGAGAUUUUCUAGAUGAGGAAGUGGAGGACAUGUACCUUGUGGAUUUCACACAGAAAAUCAUAGACAAGCGAAAAGAAAUGGAGGUGCUUGGUGCCACUAGAGAUUCCCGAAUCAAAGAAGAGAGAGAUGCUGCUGUUGCUGCUGCUAAUGAUGAUGAUGAUGAAGAAGAGUUUUCUGAAAAAGACAUACCUCCCCCUCAAGACCCCAGUGAGGAAUGGGUGGAUUAUGUGGACUCUUUGGGCCGAUCCCGGCGCUGCAUGAGAAAGGAUUUACCAAGUCUAUUGGAGAUGGAUAAAAAUCUUCAGGGGAGACUUUUUGUUAGUCCUGCUAAUGAAAAGACUUUGUUAUCUGAAGACAUGAGGAAAGAACUUCAGCGCCAACAAUGGGAGGAAGAAGAAAGGGAGGCUUUGAAAAAACCAAUGGGGCCCAUCCACUAUGAAGACAUUCGGGAAAAUGAGGCCCGGCAACUUGGUGUUGGGUAUUUUGCCUUUGCCCGAGACAAAGAGUUGAGAAACAAGCAAAUGAAAACUUUAGAGAUGCUUCGUGAGCAGACAACAGAUCAGAGAAUAAAACGAGAAAACAUAAAGGAAAAGCGAAAAGCUAUCUUAGAAGCAAGACUUGCCAAGCUUCGACAAAAAAAGAUGAAAAAGUCAAAGGAGGAUGGGACUGAAGAGGAAAGCAGAGAUGGAGUUGUUACUGAGCCCUCAGAACCAAAGUCUGUACCUGCUCCACCUCCUGUGGCCCAGAGCAGCAAGGUGGAAGUCAUCAUCCAGGAGAGGAAGGACAGCAAGCCUGGAGUGCCACACAUCCGAGAGUGGGACCGAGGGAAAGACUUUUCCUUUGGAUUCUGGUCGAAGAAGCAGUCAGAACUCCGGGCUGAGCGAGAUCCUGAGUUUGCCCCACCUUCAAAUUACUUUGUGGGUCAAAAGAGAACUGGUUCUUUGAGUAGCCAGCCAUGGAGCAGACCAGGAGCAGCACCAAGUGACUUGGGGCAUUCCUCUGGCCAGAGCCAGGAACCCAGCUCUUCACACACAUCCACUCCUGCCUCUGAAAGCUCACCACAAGCACCCACAGUCACUUUCCAAACACUAGAUGAUAUGAUAUCUUAUUAUAAACAAGUCACAUGACCUUGUUAAGCAUGCUGGUUGCAUUUGUGUCUUAGAAGUCAGGACAGGACUGGGUUUUACUUCUUUCUUCUGUACUUUCCCAAGGAUGCACAGGCUUGAGGCCAUAUUAGUUGGCAGGGAGAAGUGAGUGUAUGAUGAGAGCUCAUUGACUAUUUGGUGGUUCAUUAUUUUAUCUCUUGGUAUAGAGGGACUAUCUCCUCCCUCCAUGCUGACCCAGUUGUAACUCACUUGGGUUUCCAGCUGUGUGAAGCAUAUAUAAAUCCUAAUCUGAGAACUCUGA